UCACUCAGAGCGGGGAAGCAGAAUCAGUUCAGUGGUUUAGGUGGCCUGGAGAUUGACCCUUCUCCUCACCCCCAGACCCCUCUCUACCACAAACCCUAUUCCCAGAAGUCACUCCAUCUGUGUGAACUCGAAACUUCCAGAAGCCCCUGGCAACUUCCAGUUUGAUGUCUGGCAGCAAGUUAUGGCAGAAAGGUGCCCCAGCCCCCCGGGUGCCCAUCGAGGACUUGAAGAACCCGAAGUUCAUCGGCCAAGGCGGGUUUGGCACAGUGUUCCAGGCACAACACCUGACAUGGGGUUACAAUGUGGCAGUCAAGAUCGUUGACGCGAAGAUGAUAUCCAGGGAAGUGAAGGCCAUGGCAAGUCUGCGUCACCCCAAUGUGCUGACCCUGCUGGGGAUCACUGAGAAGCUGGAGUGGGACCAUGUGUUGGGACCGGGUCUGGUGACUCAAUUCAUGGAGAACGGUUCCCUGGCAGGGUUGCUACAACCCGAAUGCCCUCGGCCCUGGCCACUUACCUGCCGCCUGCUGCAGGAGUUGGUGCUUGGGAUGUGUUACCUGCACAGCCAGAACCCCGUGCUUCUGCACCGGGACCUGAAGCCCUCCAACGUCCUGCUGGACCCAGACCUGCAUGCCAAGCUGGCAGAUUUUGGCCUGUCCACAUUUCUGGGAGGCUCACAGUCAGGGGCAGGGUCUGGGGUGUCAGGGGGCACCCCAGCCUACUUGGCCCCAGAACUAUUGGCUGAUGUAAACCAGAAAGCUACUAUGGCCAGUGAUGUCUACAGGUAAGACACCCAUGCCGAACACAC